AGCAAGAGAUAUCAACACAAGAGAGCACUGUAGAGUAACCAGUCCGAGAGACAUGAAACAUCUAACCAAACUUCAACCACCUGUACAUGGUAUCGACUAGAGAAAUAUGUCAGGUAAAAUAAACCUGUCGACGUUGCUCUUCGACGUCCCGCCGGUGCUCAUGGCGACUUUCUGUAGACUGAUGGACAGCGGUGUCGACAGUCUGGGAUGGAGAGCUUUAGCUGCUCACAUCCUUCCCAGUCAGCUGGAGGUGAGAUGUACUGAAAUGUAUGCGGCUGCUGGGAAAAGUCCAACCCAAGAGCUCAUGUGGUCGUGGGCCCAGCAGAAUAAAACGGUGGGGGAUCUGCUGAAGGUUCUGGAUGAAAUGGGUCAUGUUCGAGCCAGGAGUCUUUUUCAGUCACAAGACUCAUGCGUGCUGAAGUCGUCCUCGCCCCCUCUCUUUGCCACGCAUCUGCCAAAUAAUGAGAAAUCCUGUCAAAUUUCAGCUCUUCAUCCAGAGUCUAUUUCUGUUAACGGUGAAAAACAGAAGUAUUUCAUCACAUAUUCAGAUGUCAUAGAGGGAACGAGACAUUUCCACCAGGACUUAAAAAUCGGAGGAAGCGUGUUCGCCGAAGUCUACUGCGGAAGAUGGGGAAACAGAUCUUUUGCUGUGAAAGUUUUCAAACAGGAAAGUAAAGCUAAUUGGAAGUCGUUGUGGGAAAAGUUCACCAAAGAAAUUGAAGUUCUUCAACUUUAUCAGCAUCCUAAUAUCUUGGAGUUAUGGGGCAGCUUUUCAGAGGCGGAUCGCUUCUGUUUAGUUUAUCCGUACCUUCGCAACGGAUCGUUGUUCCACAGGCUUCAUGAGGAAGUUGAGAGGCCUCUAUCUUUGCAGGAAAGGCUGAACAUCAUAAAAGGCACUGCAAAGGCAGUCCACCAUCUACACACUGCACAACCGUGCAUGGUUAUUUGUGGAAACAUUACGAGUUCAAACAUACUCUUGGAUGAGCACAUGCAGCCCAAAUUAUCAGAUUUUGGAUUAGCUCGUCUGAGACCCCACUCUGUCGACCAGAGCUGCACCAUCGUUAUGGAUACCAGCUCCCAUAGCAACCUUGGCUAUCUCCCAGAGGAGUACAUCCGUGAUGGCAAGCUGUCAGUCAAACUUGACGUUUACAGCCUUGGUAUGGUAAUAUUAGAGACAUGUACAGGACAGAAGGUGAAACAGGAGACGGCAAAGAACCUGUUUUUGAGAGACAUACUGCAUUCAGAGUUUGAGGAAAAAGGCUCUGUGGAUGCCUGUCUGCAGUUUUUAGAUCCCAAAGUUGAGCACUGGGUUCCUGCGGUGGCACUUUGUCUGCUUCGAAUCGGACUAGAGUGCACAGGCAGCAGAAUGCGAGUCAGGCCGACCAUGGAAAUAAUGCUUCAGAGACUAAGCCAACUUCUUCCCAUGCCUACACCCACUGAAGACCAACCACACACCCUCGACGACACAAUGUCUCUUCAGUGGCCAUACAAUGGCCACAGUCCGGGUCUAAGCCUCCCUACUGAAGAUGAUGAAAUGUACAGCCCACUGGUGGAACCCAAAGUUCCCAAUCUGGAAGAACCCUGCGAGUGCAGCCAGUCUGAAGUCACUUUCCUGGGUGUAGGAGAUCCCAACUUGUCGCAUUCCCCCAGGGAUCCUCUCCAGGAAAAUGACAGAGUGGUUUCAGCAUCACAAAACCUCCAGGCAGACUCUGCACCUCGCCUGGACUUAUAUGGUAGUUGGCCGGUGGAGUGCAGCUGUACCAUUGGAACCGAAGUGCAGGGGUGUGAGGACUGCUGCGCUAAUGGCUUCAGUCAGUCUAUAUUAUAUGAAACUCUAGAUGAUGAUGCCCUGCCCUCUCAAAAUGACAUCAGGAAUCCGGCAAAAGAGAAAAUGAAGAAUAAAAUUCACCUGUACAACCAGGGGCUGAUAAAAACAGAAGAGCUUCUUUCACUUAAGUCAGAGUGAUUCACCUGGGUUGGAUAUCUCAUGCCUUUAUAUAUAAAUGAACUCUGGGAUUUUAAUCAGCAGUGUGGAGUGUUGGAGCACAAUUUUGUUUAAAUAUUUUUUUUUGUGUGUGUAUGCUGUAUUUAAACAUAUUUUAAUAUGUUUUUAUAUUUAACUGCUUCAAAUGAAAGUAGUUUAGAUAUAGCCUAUACUUUAUAACAUAUCCUCAAACUGUUUUUUAUUGUUAAAAGAAGAUAAAAGGUGGAUAUAAAAUUGUUAUUUAAAAUUUUGAAAGAUAAUAUAUUUUUACGCAAAGACUCCAGGAGCAGGGAUGGACUCUUUGGAGAGCUACCAUCCUGCAGAUUUCAGCUCCAACCCCAAUCAAACAUACCUGAACCAGCUUAUCAAGGUGUCCAGGGCUGCCUGAUAAUUACAGACUGGUGUGUUGGAGCAGGGUUGGACACCCAUGAUUUUCGGAGUGGUGGUCAUUUUCAUUUAUAAUAGUUGUCUGUUACUUAUUUCUAAUUAUUUUAAUGACUAAAGAUGAAAUCAUUCCACUUCUCAGUAGUGUCUAGUGCAAAUCCCUGUGCAGAGCUCUAUAUAGUUUGUUUUUGAUGACUUUAGUAAGUAUAAUUAAGAACAAAAAGGGCUUUUGAUCCAAUGCAUUAUGUGCGUAGAUAUCUAUAAUCUACGUGUUCUUGUCAUAAUAAAGACUUUUAUUUUGGGAUUAUC